AUGGGCAAGAACAUGCCAGGAAUGUGUGUAGGCACAACACACCGUUGGGAUUUCGUUUUUAACAGGGAUUGGCUCGAGCUGAAGCACAACACGAAAGUGGCCCAGCCAACUAUCUUAGGCACUCUCAAACGCUCCUCUGAGAUGAUCCAGAUGACACACGACGUCAUUUUCAGCCAGAAACGCCAGCGCACGGGGAGGUAUCCACAUAUGGAGAAGGUAUUGGCGGAGUGGUCCCAUAUUAUUGAGGAUCGCAUUAACAUGAGCGGCGAUCUUCUCAAAGAGAGCGCAAGGAAGAUUCUAGACCGUCUGACCACGCUCUUUUAG